AUGGCAAAUUGUAUUAAUUUCGCAAUAUGCGAGCUUUGCAAUAGGCCCAGAAAUGUUUUAAAAUGCCCAUGCAGAUGCGAUUUAUGCUUUGACUGCUUAAAAAAGACUAUUUCUGACAAAGAAUUACUAAGCUGCCCAAUUUGCUCAAUUGAUUAUAAUUCAGAUGACAUUAAAAUGAUCAUUGAGAUGUCUGAGAAUUUUUAUCCAAGAUUAUUGAUCUCAGAAUGUUUAGUAUGCAAAACACGUAAAAGAAUUUCAUCAUUUUUAGGCUUUUUUAUAGAGAAACACAGAAAUUGUUAUCAAUGCUUGGAUUGCUGUAUAAAAAGUGUAAGAAAGAACUGGUGCGGGUAUUGUGAUAGCUAUAUCUUUCAGAGAGAAGUAUCCUGGAUGUCUUGUAUAUUAGGGAUAUAUCAUCAUUAA